AGAAAGAAGAAGAAAGAAGAAAAUCUUUAAUCGAUAUCAAAAGCAUUGAUUCGAUAUCAAUAAGUAAUAAAUUAAUUAAUAGUUUUCAUAUUGAACAUGAAACGACACGGAGUUCAAGAAAAGAAAGGUCAGUUACGCAUAGAAAAUCGAAGUCACAACGAAGUGUUGACAAAUAUGAUUUUAAUAUAAAUAUAAGUGAAAAUGAUGAAAAACAUUUAAGGUACAGACGUGAAUUAGGAUCUUCAAAUAUAAUCAUCACGCAUCAUUUCACAGAGAAAAUAGUCACAUCAGGCGAAGAUAUAAGUCUCGAAUGUACUGCAACAGCUGAAAGACCGCCGCGAUUUAUCUGGGAGAGAGAUGGUGUUGUCAUAUCAUCUAAUACUGAUUCCAGAUAUAUCCUCGGUCAAAUGAUGUCAUCUUCGGGCGUCGGUGUCAUCUCCCACUUUAAUAUAUCGCGGGCUCGUGUUGAGGAUGGCGGGCUGUUCUCCUGCGUGGCGUACGAAGGGGACUCUAGUACCAGACAUGUGGCUAGAGUUGAUGUUUUUGGUCCGCCAUAUAUUAGAACGUUGCCGCCCAUCAAAGUGCAAAGUGGGCAGCCGCUCAAAUUACGCUGCCCUUACUACGGCUAUCCCAUAAGUAAACUGGAAUGGGAACAUAAAGGAAAGAAAAUUGUCAAUUCAAUGUUACCACAACAUUCAAGAUAUCGACGGUCUUCAGUUGUUACCAAAGGCCGAAAGAACGCGAAGAAGAAAAGAAAAAAACGACAGCUCUUCGAACCAGUAGAGGAUGGUGUUUUAAGCAUACCACGUGUGACUAAAGAACAGAAUGGAGAUAUCUACACGUGCAUUGUGUACAGUCCAUCAGGGGAAAUGGCUAGAAGAUCUUUCGAAGUGCAAGUGGUGGAAGCACCAGCGUUAGAUGAGCUACGCGUUGGUACAGGACUGAAGGAAGGUCAGAUUGUGCAAAUAACCUGCAAUAUUAUCAGUGGAGAUCCACCAAUAUUCUUCUCAUGGUUAAAAGACGGGAUGAAGAUUCCAGCGAGUUUGAAAAUUAAUGAACGAAGUUCAGAAUUAUUUAGUGUUCUGAUCAUAAAAAGAGUUUCGCUGGAGCAUUGUGGGAAAUAUACUUGUAUUGCGACUAAUCAUGUUGGGAAAGUCAAUCAAACAGCUGAUCUCUACAUAAAUGUUGCACCAAAAUGGGUGGAAGAACCAACAAAUACUUCACUAUUGUUGGGUCAACGAGGUGUUAUAUAUUGUAAUGCGAAUGGAUAUCCAACACCACAAAUACAUUGGAUGAAAAGAGACGCAACUCUGGGUAUAUGGAGACCAGUACUAGACCUAGCUGGUGGUGGUGUCAUCAGUUACCCUAAUGGCACACUCAUUAUAGAAGUGGUAUCACUCUCCGACGAGGGAGUGUACGCUUGCAACGUGGAGAAUGGUGUUGGAGAUGCAUUGAACAAGAAUUUAUGGAUUAGUGUUAAUAAGCCGGUGCAUUUUGAAUCUGUGGGUACGAAUCUGACAACUAAGUUAGGGUUGCCAGUAGCGUUGCCAUGUCGACCGCUCGGUGACAGCCCUAUUAGAGUCAAAUGGGCUGUAAAUGGUAAAGGUGUGGAUUUUACAACAUCGAGAAUAACUGUUGCUGAAAGUGUAAAUACUAAUGGCAUUAAAAGCACUAUAAAUAUAAACUACGUGGAGAGUAGAGACGGCGGCACUUAUGAAUGUAGAGCUAGCAACCCCUAUGGAGUGGCGACUUAUUUAAUUCAUUUGGAUAUUUUAGAGCCCCCAACACCACCGUUAGACUUGCAAGUGGACUCUGUAUCCAGUAACUCGGUGAAGUUGUCGUGGAGGGACGCGUUGAGUACGCAUGUGCAGUACUACACGCUACAGUACGCCACAAAUGACUACAUGCUGUGGGACUCUGGGAAGAGUAUUAAUAUCACCAGGCAAGAGAAUGAUAUAAGGCAAAACAUUGAGCUCAGAGACUUACAGCCCGCAGUUGACUACAGAGUUAGAGUCGCAUCUGGCAACCAAGUUGAUCUCAGCCAGUUCACGCAGGCAGUGCAUUUCACUACAAUGCAAGAAGCACCAUCGUCCAGUCCAUUAAGCGUUCAAGUCCAGUCAACCGAGAACCCGGGCGAGCUAAUAGUGUGGUGGCUAGCGCCGCCACGAGAGACGCAUCGCGGCCCUCUGCAAGGAUACCACGUUAAGGCUGUCCCGAGGAUCAGCGGUGAAUCAGGUCCAAAUGAUACACACACAAAAAUGGUAAAAGUAACUCCGAGGAAUGGGAAACAAGAGACCGUUUUAAGUGGUCUGUUGAAAAAUACGAGGUACGCUGUAUCUGUGAGUGCAUUUAAUUCUGCAGGCACUGGUCCUUAUUCACUGCCUGUCUAUCAAACGACCAGAGAAGGAGCGCCAGAACACUCGCCCGCAGCGGUGGAGUGCCGCGGCGUGUCCUCGUCGUCGCUGCGUGUCGCCUGGCAGCCGAUCUCGUCACAAGGCACUUCUCUGCUCGGAUAUACCGUGCACUACAGCACUGAAGAUGGUCCAUGGUCAAAUCUGACAUCACCACAUACAGAGCUUUACCUUCAAGGACUAAUGAAGUACACUAACUAUACGAUCAAAGUGGCAGGAUUCUCUAGUUAUGGAGUUGGACCAUUCUCGUAUCCUGUUAUCUGUACAACCUUACAAGAUGUGCCCGGUCCGCCAUCAGCAAUAAAGCUGCUAGUAUCAUCACCAACUUCGCUCCUCGUUAGUUGGAAGAAACCUGAUCAACCUAAUGGUGAAAUUACGCACUACACUGUCUACGUGAAGCCUGUUUCAAGCACGGGUGCUCCGCAGCACCACCGUAUAGAAGCGAGCCAGGAGUCCAACUUGUCGCGUCAGUUCACGUUCCCUCUUGCCGCGCUGCCUGCUGCUCGCUACGAGGUGUUCGUGCGCGCUCACACGCCGGCCGGCGAGGGCGCGCCCAGCAACAGAGUGCACGCAGAACUCACUUCUAAAGUGGUGGCUGGUGUGUCGUCUCUGGGUGGUGCGGUGUGGGCAGGCGUGGGACGGUCGCUGUUGUUGGCCUGCGCCUGCGUGGGGUCUCCGCCGCCGCGCACUGUGUGGUAUCACAACCACAACAUCAUCACACAUCACCCGCGCUUCACACGGAACCAUGAUGACAGUCUGCUUAUCAACAAUAUUGAUCAAUCUCUAAGCGGUAACUAUACAUGCUUAGCAAAGAAUCUGUAUGGAUCCGACUCGGUUUCAUAUGAAGUAUCAGUCCUGCCCACUCCAGAACCGCCAAGUUUGAGAGUAACGUCGCACAAGAACGCCUUGCACGUCCAAUGGGAUCCACCAAGGAAGUUAAAUGGAAAGACACAGAAAAUUGGAUACAAUUUAACAUGGAAAGAAGCAAACGUGUCAUGGCAGGAUUCGUGGUCUAACAAGGGCACUUCAAUAAGAGAUAUAUACGAGUUCACAAUACAAGGCCUGAAAUGUGGCACAAAAUAUUCUCUGCGUAUGACGGCGGCUAACAGUGUUGGGUCUUCGCAGCCAUCUUACCUUGAUGCUACCACUUUAGGAGGAGUGCCAAUAGCACCGACCACAACCGAAUGGUUCUGGAGCAACGCAAGCCACAUCUACAUCCAGCUGAGCGGCUGGGACGACAACGGAUGCGAGAUCACUAAGUGGGACGUCGAUUAUAAAGAAUACGGAAGUAAAAUGUGGAGGAAAGCAGAGAAUAGACUGCCACAAUUGGACCAAACUUGGAAUCACUACAUGGCAGCGUCAAUACUGAAUCAACCGAAUACAUUUGUGAUCGCCGACUUGUUACCUGCCCAGUGGUAUCAGAUUAAGAUCGUGGCGGAGAAUUCUGCAGGAUUAUCCACUUCAUUAUAUAGUUAUGCUACGACAAAUGCUUUAGGAGAGUCAAUCGGUCCUCCCACAGACUUCAUGGAUUUGAAUAUGUUGGUGAUCAUCUGCAGUUCUAUUCUGCUAAUGCUUUGCUCUUUGGCCUGCGUCUAUAUUUUAGUUAAAAGGCAUAACCAUCACAGACUGACGGAGUACAGGAACUCGCUGACGGCGGAGUGCAAGUCUGAGCGCAGCAACGUGACAGCAAACACGCCGCAGAGCGCGCCCGGAGACAACCGCGUCUACAGCACGCCCGUACAUCUCACUGCUGAUACUAAACACGAGCUAUACGAAAUAAGUCCAUACGCACAAUUCGCGAUUGGCUUCCGUACAUUCGGGCAUGUUGACAACCAAGAGAUCCCAAGCAGAAUACACACACCCGGGAACAGCAAGUCUAGAUAUGAUAGUGAAACAAGCUUCCAAAUGAGAUCAGAGUCAGAAGAAAGUGAUUGUGUAUCUCGGACGACGACAUUGAAGAGUAAUCAAAGAAAAACAUGCAGAGUUCCACAUCACAGGUAGCUGUAAGAUGAAUUUCCAUUUAGAUAAAAUUAUUUCAACUAAUAUUUCUACAAGGAUAAUGUAAAUUAUUAUCUUAUAGUAUACAAUUAUUGCUCACGUUUUUUGCUUUUGUA